GACGAACGUCAAAGGAAGUGUCCGUUAUGUAGCAUUAGCUCGGCUAGUAGCAUUAGCCUCGUCAGUUCAACACGGUGCUCAGGCGGCUUAGCGGCUAAAACGUGCUCAUCAAGUUUGUACCGAUUUAUUAGCGAACAACGUCGAGUUCACCGCGAAGCUUUACAAGCACACACAGAUGAAGGCUUUCCCUAAAAGGAUAAGUUAGUUAAGAGCUUACUUGUGGGGAAGCUGAAGGUGGUAUUGGUGUCUCUUCAUGCCGGGCACAUUGUGAGGACCCCGCCGACAAGGCCCGAGCAAGAAGGGCAACUUCAGUAGCAGCAGGAUGGAGUGGCAGCCAGAUGAGCAGGGACUUCAGCAAGUCCUCCAACUGCUCAAGGACUCACAGUCGCCCAACACAGUCACGCAGAGAGCUGUCCAACAAAAACUUGAACAGCUGAACCAGUUCCCUGACUUCAACAACUAUCUCAUCUUCGUCCUCACACGGCUCAAAACUGAAGAUGAGCCGACUCGCUCUCUGAGUGGUCUGAUACUGAAGAACAAUGUCAAAGCCCACUACCAGAACUUCCCCACAACUGUUGCUGACUUCAUCAAGCAGGAAUGUCUCAACAACAUCGGUGACCCCUCGCCGCUCAUCCGUGCCACCAUCGGCAUCCUGAUCACUACUAUUGCCUCCAAGGGAGAGCUACAGACAUGGCCGGAGCUGCUGCCCCAGCUCUGCAACUUGCUCAACUCAGAAGACUACAACACCUGCGAGGGCUCGUUUGGAGCACUGCAGAAGAUCUGCGAGGACUCAUCCGAGCUGCUGGACAGCGACGCUUUGAACAGACCCCUCAACAUCAUGAUACCUAAAUUCCUUCAGUUCUUCAAGCACUGCAGCCCGAAGAUCAGGUCUCAUGCCAUAGCCUGUGUGAACCAGUUCAUCAUCGGCAGAGCCCAGGCUCUAAUGGACAACAUCGACACCUUCAUAGAGAGCCUAUUUGCACUGGCAGCAGAUGAGGACUCUGAAGUCCGAAAGAAUGUGUGCCGAGCCCUGGUCAUGCUACUGGAGGUCCGCAUCGACCGCCUCAUCCCCCACAUGCACAGCAUCAUCCAGUACAUGCUGCAGCGGACCCAGGACCCGGAUGAGAACGUGGCUCUGGAGGCCUGUGAGUUUUGGCUGACUCUAGCAGAGCAACCCAUCUGCAAGGAGAUGCUGUCCGGACACCUGGUGCAACUGAUCCCUAUCUUGGUGAAUGGGAUGAAGUAUUCAGAGAUUGACAUCAUACUAUUGAAGGGAGAUGUGGAGGAGGAUGAGGCAGUUCCAGACAGCGAUCAGGACAUCAAGCCUCGUUUCCACAAGUCACGCACCGUCACCUUGCAGCACGAAGGAGGGGAGGGAGAGGAGGGUGAGGACAUUGAAGAGGACGACGACGACGAUGACGACACACUGUCUGACUGGAACCUGCGAAAGUGUUCAGCCGCAGCACUGGACGUGCUGGCCAACGUGUUCCGUGACGACCUGCUGCCCCACCUCCUGCCGCUCCUGAAAGGCCUGCUCUUCCACCCCGACUGGGUCAUUAAGGAGUCCGGCAUCCUGGUGUUGGGGGCCAUAGCUGAGGGCUGCAUGCAGGGUAUGGUGCCCUACUUGCCGGAGCUUAUCCCCCACCUCAUCCAGUGUCUGUGCGACAAGAAGGCCCUGGUGCGCUCCAUCGCCUGCUGGACCCUUAGUCGUUAUGCACAUUGGGUGGUCUCCCAGCCCCCCGACUCCUACCUUAAACCCCUCAUGACAGAGCUUCUGAAACGCAUCCUGGAUGGCAACAAGAGGGUGCAGGAGGCGGCCUGCAGUGCGUUUGCCACCCUGGAGGAGGAGGCAUGUACAGAGCUGGUGCCCUACCUGAGCUUUAUCUUGGACACGCUGGUCUUCGCCUUCGGGAAGUACCAGCACAAGAACCUCCUCAUCCUCUAUGACGCCAUAGGAACUCUGGCAGACUCAGUGGGUCACCACCUGAAUCAGCCUGAGUACAUUCAGAAGUUGAUGCCCCCCCUUAUUGCCAAGUGGAACGAGCUGAAAGAUGAAGACAAGGAUCUGUUCCCGCUGCUGGAGUGUCUGUCGUCAGUCGCCACUGCCCUCCAGAGCGGGUUUCUGCCUUACUGUGAGCCCGUCUAUCAGCGCUGUGUCACACUAGUCCAGAAGACACUAGCUCAGGCUAUGAUGUACAACCAGCAUCCAGACCAGUAUGAGGCUCCUGACAAGGAUUUUAUGAUCGUGGCCCUGGAUCUGCUCAGUGGCCUGGCUGAGGGUUUGGGGGGCCAUGUGGAGCAGCUAGUAGCCCGCUCCAACAUCAUGACCCUGCUUUUCCAGUGCAUGCAGGACACUAUGCCUGAAGUGAGGCAAAGCUCCUUUGCUCUGCUGGGUGAUCUAACAAAGGCCUGCUUCCUCCAUGUUAAGCCCUGCAUUGCUGAGUUUAUGCCCAUCCUGGGGCUCAACCUGAACCCAGAGUUUAUCUCUGUGUGCAACAACGCCACCUGGGCCAUCGGAGAGAUUUCCAUGCAAAUGGGAACAGGUGUCAAGCAGCAAACAGAGGAUUGUCCAGGUGCAGAGAUGCAGCCUUAUGUGGGCAUGGUUUUGCCACAUCUGGUGGAGAUUAUCAACAGACCCAACACACCCAAGACUCUGCUGGAAAACACAGCCAUUACGAUUGGCAGACUCGGUUACGUGUGUCCUCAGGAAGUGGCACCACAGCUUCAGCAUUUCAUUAGACCAUGGUGCACGUCAUUGAGGAAUAUCCGAGAUAAUGAGGAGAAGGACUCAGCCUUCCGUGGAAUAUGCGUGAUGAUCGGCGUCAACCCAGCAGGAGUGGUGCAGGACUUUAUUUUCUUCUGUGAUGCUGUGGCCUCCUGGGUCAACCCCAAAGAUGACCUGAGAGACAUGUUUUAUAAGAUCUUACAUGGCUUCAAGGACCAGGUCGGGGAAGAGAACUGGCAGCAGUUCUCAGAGCAGUUCCCUCCUUUGUUGAAGGAGCGCCUGUCGGCGUGCUAUGGCGUCUAACCCAACCUCCCCCUGGUCAACACAGGACACCGACCUGUUAGGUUAAUGUAGGGAAGGGUUACUGGGGAACUCAUUGCACUGCCCAGAUCGUGGGGUGAAACAAGAGCUGGAGGGACGUGACUGGCCUUGACCCUCCACUCAGCGGAUGGCCUCCUUUCCCCCCGCGCCCCUGUGUGUCUCUGUGAGGGAGGGUGGGAGGAGGGUGGUGGGUGUGGGAGGGUAAACUGGGGAUAUACAUAUACCUCUUGGAUUAAACGCCUCACUAAAUCCAACACACUCAAAAGUGACUUUCACCAACAGCACCGCAGGGAUCCUAGUUAGGUGAGGGCAAACAGGGGCUGGCUUUGACCUCCCCCUCCUCGAUUUGAUUAUUCUGUUAAGAUAGAUAACGGCUGGGAGGGGACGGGGUGGCAGAUAGGUACAUUUAAAAAAAGGAAUUAUCUGAACCAGCAUAGGGUGCCACAGUCCCAAAUACCACAAUGCACGUAGUCAGUAGAAUGACGCACAUAUGUAGAUGUGUUUAAAACAGGCUCGUGUGACUUUAAUAUUACUUGUCACCUCCGGGCUUGACAGAGGCUAAACAAAAAAAAAACAAAACCAUGAGACGCUUUUACUACGUAAUAAUGCAGGAAACGUGCACAAAUCUUUUUGCACCUUUUACGGCAAAAUUGCAUCAACCAUUUGGUGUGCAUAUACAUGGGUCUUAUUCUCUUUUCACAUGUACAUUAAUCUGAAUUUCAUUUCCUUCCGUUUCCCUUGGUUGCUGAAUUCCUCUUGAGUCAUAGGUUUUCUUUUUUUUUUUUCCCCCCCUCAUUUGAGGCCAAAAAAAAAAAAAAAAAAAAAUGCAGUAGGUCUGUUCUCUAAGGUUUUCCCACCGCAGUACCAAGUUAUUGCAUGGCAUAUGAUCACCUCUUAAGUGACGCAUGUUUGAGUGAAUAUCUGUCUUGUUGCUCCAAAGUGCAAGUUGAUUUUUCUCGUCCUCGGUAUGGGGAGGUUGCCAUAAUUUGAAGCUGUCGGGUGCUCGGUUCUUUUCUCCUCCCAUACAUUCAUACAUAUUGUGUAAUCAAUGUCCCUAUAGUUAAAUGGAGGUUGCGUAUGAAGACCAGCUAUAGGUAGGUUAAUACAGGACUCCGCUGAUUGUUUGGAGAAUCACUCAUCGCAAUGAGAGUUCAAAUACUGUAGGCAAGUUGAUAAAACUUUUGCUGCUGCUGCUUCUUUUUUUUUUUUUUUUUUUUUAAAGAGUAUUUACAGAAUGGACUUAAUGAGAGCGAUAAGACAUCACCAAGAAUGAAUUGGUUCUUACUGAUAUAAAUGCACUUUUUCUUUUGUAAGAAAUUUAGAGUUUCAAAUGUAAGACAUACAGUGAUAAAUAUGAUCUUGAGAUAUCGUUUUUUUUUUGAUAAGUGAUUUUAGGACUGUCAAUGGCUUGCAAAAGUAAGCAUAAUGAUAAUGUUAAGCAAUGGUAAAAUGACUAGGUAAGACUUGAGGCCUCUUAACAUAGUUAAUUUCAUAAUGUAGCUCCUUCUAAAGUGGGUUGAAUAGGAUGUAAGUGGAGGGAAACAUCAUAAUUACAGUAUUUUGGAUUCAUGUCGCAGUUCCACUGUUUAUCCAUAUCUGUGUUUGAGGAUGUCCCCCAGAGCUUUUUUGUUAAAUAACCGCUGUCUGAGCCAUCAAGGCUUCUCCUUGUCAUGAACAUUGCAUGCUUUUCAAUGAGUGUUGCUCCUUUUCUUUAGUCAUUUUAAAACAGGUUCCCUUUGGAGGGAUCUACCUUAUAAGAGCUUUGUCAAUGGCAAUGCGACUCGCUGCUGGACUAAUAAGGUACUAUUCCAGCUCAUGAUCAAACUAGUGAUUUGAUGUUGCCAGUUGCCAUGUAUUCACCCGUUGAUACUGUGUAGGAUAUGCCUGGAAAUACACUGAUUCAGAGUCCUAAUAGUUCUCCCCCUGACACUGGUUAUUUGAGAGAGUUGUGGUCUUUAUCCAUCUUUAUCUUUUUAGUCAUUGUCCAUAGUGGACAUAGUGGUAAUGGAAGUGUGUACGGCUGUCAGCCUGUUUUACUAUAAAGGUGUGUACGUGAGUACUGCUUAGAUGUAAUAUUUGCACCAGCCCUACCCUAAGGUUAUGUUCAGGGCAUAGUUUGAGCCAUGCCUGAGUCCAUGUGGCCACAGCGAGUAUCAACAUUUGCCUGCCAGUUAACAACAUCAGUUUGAUCGUCAGACCAAGUGUGCUCAAAACUCUUAAGAUGAAGACCUUCACUAAUACUCAAAUCUAUUCCUGCUUGAUUUAAAAAAAAACAAACAAAAAAAAACCAAAAAAAAAAACCAUGUUCCUUCAUAUGAGCUCACUUUUAUGGAUUAUGUAUUUUAUAGAAUAAGCAUUAUUUUCUCAACCUGUGUGACAUGGAGUUUUUUGUAGCACAAAUGUUACCAAUGCGCAUGUGUGGUGUUUUUUGGAUCCCUGGCAUCUUUUGUAAGCCGCUACACCCCCAGAAGGGUGAAUACUAAUGGCAUCAUCUUCAUGUUUAACUGGUAGGCAAGCAUUGAACAUUCAGUGGCCGCUCAUUGAUCACAGGUUGGAUGGACGGGCUCAGAGCAGCAGCCGGUGAAUCAUUCAUUAAUGUUUCACAAGGAUGCAUCUCUUGUGCCACAGAGAAUGGGUAAUAAUUUGAGGCUUUACCACUCCUUGCCAUGUUGUGAUACACUAAGCUAUAUACAGAAGUAAAUUUAAAUGCAAGUUGUCCACAAGUUUUUUAUUUUUUAUUUUUAUGCUCGUGAAAGUUUUGUUUUUAUUUAUUUAUUUUGUUUUUUAUUUUUUGUUUUAUUUUUUUUUAUUAUUUUUUUGUGCCCCUGUGCACAAAUUGUUUUGGACUUUAAAAGUUUUUUGUUUUUCUUUUUAUUCUUUUAAUUUAAAGAAUUUUGUUUUCGUUGUUUUAUAGCGGACCAUUUGAUUACGUCAAAUUUGAUGUUGUGGAUGGACUGAAGGAGAGUCGGUGCUUGGUGCAUACCUUAGGGAAGAAUGCAGAAAACUAAUUCAUAACUUUGUUUCAAUCUGAUAUCAAGGCUGGCAAUUGAACUUGAUGUAGUACCUUUUUUUUGCUCAACUGUGGUGCAGGUGGGAUGUUAUCUGAUGUAUCCCUUUUUAUUUAAUUUUUGUGAAUAGGGGAAAAUAAAAGUUUUUUUCUAUUAA